AUGGGCAGCAUUGGAAUUCCGAUAAAGUUGCUGAAUGAGGCUCAGGGCCAUGUCUGCACCCUUGAACUCACAUCCGGGCAGAUCUUCCGCGGGAAGCUCAUCGAAGCCGAGGAUAAUAUGAACGUCCAACUCAAGGAUAUCACUGUUACCGCACGUGAUGGACGUGUGUCCCAUCUUGACCAGGUCUAUAUUCGUGGUUCUCACGUUAGGUUUUUUAUCGUGCCGGAUAUGUUGAGGAACGCACCAAUGUUCCGCUCCAGAGCUGUUAGAGGGCGUGGUGUUGGACUGGCGAGAGGAAGAGCUACGGUUAUUCGUGCCAGAGGACAACAGAGGGGUAGGGGUUAA